GAUUAUAACUUUUCAGAGUUAAGAUCAGAGAGGACACAUUUGCUGAGAACCAAGAGUUGGGCUACAAGACAUUGCAGACUAGCAGGAGUUGAAAUGGGUCUUCCAGCCGGGCUGUUAGAGUUCUUGGGGCCAGUAGGGUGGGGGGCAGCAGCGCUGGUAGGGGUGGUUAUAUUGAUUCAAGUGGUUCAAAAGAACAGAGAGGAGAAACAUUCUAUUUCUCCAGGAACUCACAAGUGUUUUGGUGACGAGAGAACACGGUUGAAUGAGGAAAAGUCGAAUGAAGCUUCUGGAAGAACUGGAAACUCUAGGAAGAAGAGAGUAGAACCGUGCCGUCAUGACGAACAUGAGCAUGACAUAAUAAAAGGUUACGGCCUUGGACAUGUUCACAAGUAUAAAGAUGACAAAAAAUUUCGACCAUCUUGGUGUGAUAAGGAGAAUGAAGGCAUUACAGAGGCAGACCAUAUUCCACCUAAAGAUUCUCUGAAGAAGGCCCUAAACAAUGUACGACUGGAUCGUCUCCUACAAGUGAAUCCAAGGCUUCAUGAGAUGAUCAUGAGCCUUGUUAAUGACCCAACUGGACAGAAACUGUUAACCAUGAGGGUUCUUUACCAGGAUCACAGAGAUGCUCUGACCACUGGUAGCAGCAAAGAAUCUAAAAUAUGCAGGUGGACUUUGACACAAACCAUUCUAAGCGGAAAAGAUGAUUGUGCAGUAAAAAUGCUGGAGCAAGCUUUUAUCAUGGGUCAUCCUAUAGCUUCCCAGAUGCUCAGACAUGAUGCUGUAUUGCGGACAUGCAGAGACGCAAAGAACGAAAGAUGGGUUCCUUUUCAUCUCCCACAUUGUGACCUUCCAGUAUAGAGCUUUGCUUUGGUGUGGAUUUAGACUUAUAUGUUCAUAUCAGUUGUGUUUCUCCAUUGUAUUCACUUUUCCAUGUUCUAUUGUGAAUUGUGUUUCUGUGUAGCUAUGGAAAGUUUUUUUUAAACUAUCAGCGAAACAACUUUUGAAUUGAAUACAUGGAAUUGGAUUGUGAUGAUACCAAUGAAUGAGUCCUGCACACAAUGUGCUUAUUUAUUUUCAAUGUUUUUACCAGGAAUUAUAUUUGAUUUCCUGUGUAUGAAAUUGUUUGGUGAAAUAGUAUUUGCCCAUCAUUCCACACCUUUAGAUAGUUGUGCUUCCAAUUUUCAUCAUCAGGAUUUAGUGACCAAAAAAUAGAAAUAAAAUGUGUUGAUCUACUGGGAUUUUAAAAAUACUUUAACUUCCUGUUUUGUCUGCUUGGACUCGAGAGAUAAGUAUGGUUGUGUUAAUGUUCUUGCAGGCAGUCAUGUUCUUUUGAUGAAUUUACUUAUGUUUUGAGAAGGCAACUUCACCUUGAAAACGCAUUUACUGUUUUGCAAAAGCCCACAAAGUUCUGUUUCUUGUGGAUUCUUGUUAUGAAAAACAAUGCUUGUACGGGAUUGAGAUAGAUUGUAAUAAAAUAUGAACUGUA